UAUUUUCAUGAUGACUGAGUGAUUCUGCAUACCACACCAAAAGCACCUUAAAGUGAUUUUGACCCAAAAAGAUAAUGAUUGAGAGACUCCAUAUUCGAUCAUAGAACUUUUGUCUGUUGCAAACAAGCAAUGCAUACGAGACAGUCAACAUUGCAUGUUGUUAUAUAAUUAUUACCCAUCAUUUUUCAGCGUAAGUCAAGUGGCCAAAUUUUAACAAGCGUUGCCAAGCAUCCUGUGUUUGUGUGUCUGUAAGUCGAGCCCCCUUUUCACUACUCUUACUAAAGCCUUUGGAAUUUCAUUAAUCUGCGUGGGUGGGUGUUUGCGCCACAAGUUAGCUCAAGAUAGCCGCUGUCACCAUGGGGAGUUGAAAUCAAGAGUACACUCAUAAUGGAGAAGGAUUCAGUGAACAAUACAGUAUAUUUACAAUUGUGAGUCUCGUUUUGAGUCAAAUGUUGUAUUUUGUAGGACAGUGCAGGUGUAUUUGUUGCUGGGGCUGCCUCUAAAAUGCAUGAUGUUACUAUCUUUUCUCUUUUAGAAAUGGUUUCCAGGAAGGGUAAUAAAAAGAUAUUCAAAACAAUGGCACAUAAAGGACUAUGUUUUGUUUUGUUUUUUUCAUUUUUAGAUUACAAAGUAAAUUGCGCCUUUAAAUGGUCUGACCAAGUGAUUAUUGCUUGAAACUAGUCCCCGAUCAAUGAAUCGACAGGCCAGUUUUACCGCACACAUUAAUUGAUUAAAUUACAAUAUUAACAUUUUUGCUACAAAAACUUAACAUCAAUCGCCGUAAAUAAAUAUACGUUGGGUUUUCACAUCUUCAACAGUCAUAUAUGAUCAUGUAAAGUCACCCAGACAUAUGAAACACAAUGUAUUGUAGAACAGUCAAAUGUUGUGCCUGUAAUCCAUAUCUUUAUUUUUGUAACAGCUAAGGGACCAAAAUAGAAGCUAUUUUUCUAUCUGACAAUUUAUUGACUUUCAGAACUUUAUUUUUGCCAAAUGUCAGCAUCAGUAUUGGCCGAAACAAAAAAAAAUCUAUAUUAACGAUCUAAACGGGUUAAUAAUCUAGGAUACCUUGUAUCGCACCUAAAGACACAGAGGACAUUGAUUUUUUUUCCAUCCAUGUGUCCUUCAGAUACAUUGUUGGGGUUUUUUUUGGUUUUGUUUUUUUAUUGAUGAUCCAAGUGGAUCCAAUUUAGCUAUUGUCAAUCCCUGACAUUUUUAUCUUAUUUUUUUUAUUUUAACGGAACAGCCGUGGAGUGUGCAAGUAGGUUGUGGCAUUUCCCCUCAGUUGCCAGCAGACUCCUCCUACCAAAGGAGUAGCAGCAGUACAGUGAGUGUCAAGAGCAAAAAAAAGAACAGGAGCCGCUUGCACCUUUAUUGCUGUUUGCACGCGCAUAGAGGAAAACGUCAGCUCAGGGACACUUUCUCUCGAAGGGUUUUUUUUUUUUCCGGUUGAUCGUUUUUGCUUGGAAACUCGCCGUCGUCCUUCUUUCUACCGGUUCGGGUGUGCCUUCGAAAGGAAGCGACAUUGGGAUCGCUUUGUUCUUGCAGAGCCAGAAGCUCAGCAGGCAUGGCAGUGAGCCAGAGGAUCUUAAACUCCACCUCCCCGUUCUCGGGGUCGCCGCUGGCCGACCUUAAGGCCUCGUACCCAAAAUGCACAGCCGGGGAGAAAGGAACCCAGCAGCACCACAAACAGCAGCAGCAACAGCAGCAGCAAGGGGAAGAGGAGGAGGACGAAGAGCAGUGGAAGAGCAGCAAAGUGGACUUCAUCGCGCGUUUGAGUCCCCUGUUAAACAAAGUGCUGACUCAGGGCACUGCCGAGCAAGUCGGAGAGACAUCGCUGAAGAGCUCCCCCUUCAUCGCACAGGCCGAAUGUGAAACUCAGGACUCACAGGAAUUUAGUCCGUCCUGUUUUGAGCGUUCCUACGUUCCCUCAUCAGGCUGUUUUAUCGUCAGUCUGCAGCCGGAGCACAACAAUGUGGCUUGCCCAACCACGGCCUCCGUCCAAGCGCCAACGCCACUCGGCCCCAGAAAGAAGCCCCGAAAAAGAGUGAAGCGUAAAGGCCGCAAAAAAGUUCCUUUGGAGAAGAACAACAAAGAAGAGGAGCGGCAACAUAGCAGAUACCACAUAGAUACUACGGUGCCCUCUGGAGUGCCUGAACAGGAGAGUGGGAGUUCCCUGGAGCACAUCCAAGAGGACUCGCUGCACGCAGGAAGGAGCCGCCUCAGAUCCUCGUGCUGCAGCAGCGUGGAGAGCGCAGAGGGGGAGGAUGUAGUGCCUCCCCUCUAUGGCACUAAGCUCUACAACAUAGGCUGCGGCUGCUCCCCGCUGGCCUGGGCCGAGCCAUUCCCGGGUACUCUAUGUAGCCUCUGCUCCUACGGUCCAGACAGCGACUCGCUCAGCAGCGCCGGCGACUGCUCGCUGGCCCUCGCCGGCCUGCGAGGCAGCGUCAGCCAGGGCGACGCGUGCUACGCGGGGCCCUUCUUUAAAGAGGUGGAGCGCAACACCGGGGAGGAGGAGGAAGAGAAGUGGCAGUCCGUCGACAAUGAGGGGAUCAUUUUUUACAACGAAAACAUCCAGCCUGUUGAUUCAGAGUAUAAGGAAGGAAGGGAGUUUGUCCUGUCAGAGUUCAUCAAGGAAGGCUCCUACGGCGAAGUCCACAGCGCUCAAGAUGUCAACACAGGGUUCAAGUUUGCUGUCAAAAAGAUCCCCCUGAAGAGGUUCAACAGCGAGGAGGCGAGCACGUGGAGUGCCCUCAGAUCUCCUCGCAUCCUGGAGCUCUUCGGAGUUGUCCGAGACGGGCCUUAUGUUUUCUUUCUCAUGGACCACAAAUCUGGCUCGCUCAGCCAAAUGAUUACACAGCGUGGGCGGCUGCCGGAGGACCUGAGCCUCUACUACCUGUUGCAAGUCGCGACAGCCCUUGAGUACUUAGCCAAGAAGAAAGUGGUUCAUCUGGAUGUGAAAGCCGACAACGUGUUGCUGUCUGAGGACGGCAGAGACUCCUUCCUGUGCGAUUUUGGCCACGCCGAGAGAUUGGACACUGGCGGGCAGAGUCUCAGUGGGUCUCGAGACCUGAAAGGUACUGAGACGCACAUGGCCCCCGAAAUGGUGAUGGGCGAACCCCGCGGAGCCAGAGCAGAUGUGUGGAGCAGCUGCUGCAUGUUACUGCACAUGCUCAAUGGGUGCCCACCUUGGACCAGAUAUUACACCUGUCGGCUCUUCCUUAAGAUUGCCAACGACCCACCGCCGCUCCGAGAGAUCCCGCCAGACUGCGGCCCUCUCACUGCGGAGUUGAUCAAGGCGGGACUGCAGAAGGAUCCCAGGAAGAGAGCGUCGGCCAGUGACAUGAAGGAACGUGCGGCCAGAGCGCUCAAACAAGUUGGCGGACUUAGAAGCCCAUGGAGGAGUUCCUACACGGAACCUCUUUAUUUCGCCAACAAACCUCCAGACUCUCCACCAGUCGAGUGUGAAAACGAUGAGGAAAAGAACAUGGACAGGAGUUCGAUAGUGGAGCUGAACGACGGCGAUGAGGACGAAGCCGACGUGUGUGAGCAAGAAACUCAUUUCGAUUUAAACCACUCGAAAAACAGGAUCACCAACACUGUUCCAGAACUUGAACUGCGUAAACUAGAGAGAGACUUUUAUCUCAGUAGCCUUUCUCAGCUUCACUCUGCUGAGAUGCAGGAGCAGCUCUUGUCUUGUCUCAGCAGCGACGCCUACUCCAACCGAGAUCCGUGGGACAAGAAGGACUCGGGCCGCUGGUCGCUGAGCCCCACCGAUGACUAUAGUUCGGGAGUCUGCUCCGACAGCAGCCAGCCAGAAGGGCACCAGUGCGUCAGUUUAGACUUGUUGGGCCACUCGCCGCCUCAACCGUGCUGCUUCCAAGGGGUGGACGUCUGCAUCCGAGACUUCAACGGGACAAUCAUCCAAAUCCGAGAGACGCGGCGGGUGAAGGUGGGCCACAUCGCCACCGGCAUCAGUGAUCAAAUCUCCGAGAGAGUUUUCACCUUGGAGACACAGCUUGGCUGCACAGUGGCUCACGACGAGGAGGUUCAGGAGUCGGGGCUGAAGCUCUGCUGCGUCCCGGCUCCUGAUUUCAGUGCCUCUUGGAGGUGGAGGAUCAGAGAUGGCGCACUGGAAACUAGAUGAGAGUUAAAGAACACCAUUUGAUGUCUUAUUCUGGACGUUUUAGUCCCUCGUAGCCAUCAAACUACAUUGUAGCUUUGUUUCUUAUCAUAAUUCUAUACCCUGAACAAAAGAAGCAUCUAAACAUGUAUUUCCUCUUCAGGAAUUGCAUUCAUUUGGUACUUCAUUUCGCCAGCAAAAGUCCCCGAUUGUAGAAAAAGCUAAAUAUUGCAAGGCCACUUUAUUAGCGCGUUCAUGUAUGAUUUAAUGCUGCUCUAAUUCAUUGUGCUGCAGACAUAAAAUGGGCUACAGGGACAAUGAAAAAUGUACCAGGACAUAAGCUUCAGUUUAUGAAUUCUGGUACUUGCCAUAAAAAAAGGCCAGGUUAAUUGUUUUAAAGGACACAAUAAACCUCUGUCUUAGUAAUAA